UGACAAAAAAGGGGUACAUGGGAGAGAAAGGGUCAAUGUUUCCAUUUCAGGAGAAUGGAUUCCUUGACUUCUCUUCUUCCUUUCAUCCCCUGCAGCAUCAAACAGUGCUUAGACCUCAAGCUUUUGAUCACAGUUCUCUAAUGGCGGCUGAGAUUCCCACGAACGGGCUGGAUUUUGCUGGUAACUAUAAACAUGGUGUUGUGCAGAAGAACCCUAAUUUUAACGGUGGAGAUGAGAAGAAGCUACUUAGAAGGGAUGUUGAGAGGCAACGGAGGAAGGAGAUGGGUGGGCUUUACCGGAAUUUGAUUGCCCUCAUCCCUUAUGAGUAUAUCAAGGGAAAACGUUCAACAUCGGAUCGUUUGCAGGAGACAGUGAAGUACGUGAAAGAUUUGAGGGUGAGGGUGGAGGGACUGAAAGGCAGGAGAGAAGAGUUGAAAGAUCAUUUGUGUUCAUCAUCAACGAACUCCAUGAAUAACAAUGCAGUAAAAAAAUGCAGCAUUAUUGAUAAAGAAGAAGAAGAAGAAGAAGAAGAAGAAGAAGAAGAAGAAGAUAAUGAUGAUGAUGAAGGGUGCAAGGUGACAGUGAAGCAUUGCAGAGGGGGAAUAGAGGUGAUUGUGAACAUUGCAUCAUGCAGAAGAAAUGAGGUCCCUCUUUCUAAGCUGCUAAGGGCAAUUGUAAUGGGAGGAGGGAUCUCCAUUACCACCUGCAUUUUCACCAAAGUCAAUAAGAGGUUACUUCACUGCAUUGAGGCUGAGGUUGUUGAAGGAAGAAGCAUUGAUGUAGCUCAAUUGGAGCAGAAGUUGAUGAAUUUAGUUUAUAGCCAUUAGAGUAGUUAACUGGUCGGCUGCAUUAUUUUAUUAUUGUUUUCUCGUACCAAACAUGGAAACAUGCAAGAUUACCUUGCGGUUUGCAGGAAAAAUAUGGGGGAUUAUUUUU